AGGCGAGGCUGAGUUUCAAUUUCGUUUCUUAAGCAGGAAGCUGCAAGCAGUGGAAAAGUUUCUUUUUUAAAUUUUCUGCAGGCUUAGUCACCAAGACAGAAGCUAGCCUUGGUACAGACUCUUCACACAGGUUUACCUCCUGUUCAUUAAUUUUCUGUGUCCUAUGAGAGAGUAAAUGAGAGCUUUGUGCAUUUAAAGAGGAUGGCGUUGGCUUUUCCACUCGACCUAAGGAUGGCCAUGAGAACUCGUUUGACAUGGGAGCAAGAAAAGCUCCUGCAGAAUUACUUUGGAGGAAAACAGUUUUGUCUUCUUUACAAGGCGAGUGUGCAGAAGUUUUCUCAGCAGGAUUUGCUCUGGAAAUGUCAGGAUCAAGGUCCUACCAUGAUAAUGGUUUAUAGUGGAAAAUGUGUUAUUGUCAUGUACCUGCAAGAAGGCUUCCAGGAAAAAGAAGUAUCUAUCAUCCUUUUUGCACUCCAAGAGACUGGAUUGUCACAAUUAGCAAGUAUACCAGUUCUGCCAAAUUCAUUGUUCAGUUAUAGAAAAAAUUCUGAUUUCUUUAUACGGUUAGAAAGCAAAACUGUGACUAUAAAUUCAGCACUCCGUAAAAAGCUCUGUCUGCCUAUUCACAACGAUGUCUCAUCUAUUCAGGAGUGUGAAGCUUUCCGAUGUGAUGAGUUAUUGGAUGAAAGAAAGACAACAGGCAUUGCUGUCUUACACAGUAAUUUACUGCAUGCCCUGAGAAACUACAAGCCAUAUGGAGACCUGGUUCACCAAACACGAAUUCUGCUGCUGGGUCCUAUUGGAUCUGGGAAGUCUAGCUUUGUCAACUCAGUCAAGUCUGUGUUCAGGGGCAGCAUCACACAUCAGGCCUUGGUGGGCUGUGAUGAAAAUGGAAUAUCUGACAAGUAUAGGACAUAUUCCAUCAUGUCCAAGGAUGACAGUGGCCCCCUGCCGUUUGUUCUUUGUGACUCAUUGGGGUUGGAUGAGAAUGCAGGCUUGCACAUGGAUGACGUAUGCCACAUCUUAAAGGGCCACAUUCCUGACAGAUACCAAUUUGAUACCAUGAAGCCAAUCACAUCAAACCACCCGAAAUAUAUCCAUGACCCACGGCUGAAGGACAGAAUUCAUUGUGUGGUGUUUGUGUUUGAUAUUAAUUCUUUUGAACAUCUCUCUUGUGAGCUGGUGGCAAAGAUCAAGCAAAUUCGAAGAGACUUGAUAAAACACGGUAUUCUGCAUUUGGCUUUGCUUACACAUGUGGAUAGCCUGGAUUGCAUUACCAAAGGAGACCUGAUAGAUAUAUACAACUGUAGUCCUGUGAAGUGCAAGCUGGAACUAUUCCAUAGAGCCUUUGGUUUUGCCUUAUCUGACAUCUUGGUGGUGAGUAAUUACGUCUCAGAGUGGCAACUGGACCCAGUGAAGGACAAGCUGAUCCUCUCGGCACUGAAAGAGAUCCUGUUUACUGCAAAUGAAUUCUUAGAGGAUUUGCCUUUGAGCAAAUAUGUAGACUGAUGAUCCCGGAGCUUGAAGGUAUCAGAAGGAAAUUGUUACAAUGUUG